UUUACCUCUCUCAAAAAGCUACAACUAUUGAAAUCACAACUCAGAUGCUUUAAGAUCAUAGGAAGAAUGCAUGUGUAACUUAUUUAGUAGGUUAGAAUGAUGAGGUACCGUUUGGCAUUUUGGUAUUUGGUUCUGGCCUUGCUUUCUGAUUCAUCGGCUUACUCCAAUUCAGGAGAGGUUUGUGAGCUAAUGAGAUUCACAAUGAACAUGGAAGAGAGCACAAGAGUACCUAAGCUUAUUUUUCUCCAGUGGGAUUCUAUUAAUCAGGAGGUUAGGCUAUCUGCGAGAGGAGGCUGUGCAAAUGCCUACAGACACUACAAGUGGUUUAGCUCAGAUAGUAGAACUGUCUCUGUGACACCCUAUGGGGUUAUUCGGGGAAAGAGGCCUGGAGUAGCCAAUGUGAAGGUCGUAUCCUUUUGUGAUCCUCAAAACUAUGAUCUGGUUGUUGUCAAAGUUUUCGGAAUUCAGGACAUGUGCUAUGACAUGGAUGAUAUGAAGGCCAAUUUAAACUCUAUGUUAUCGAAGCCAAGUAUUUUUAAGUUCACCUUACUAGAGUACUUAAUGUUCCCAUUCGCGGUCCUCAUUGGUAACCUCAUUUAUGUAUUUUACCCGGUAAAGCCUCGUAUUGAGCCAUGCUGUUCAUCUACAACUCACAACGACCAAGACUGCCGUAGAACAAAGCGGAUCCGACGAACGAUACUAACAACGAUAAUGGUGAAGAAAAAGAUAUAUAGACGCCGGUGGUUAUUUCGGCCAUACAUGAUCUCACGUAUUGUUCAUUCUCCGGUUGGGUAAAUGGGAUUCUGUUUCACUUGUGUCGAAUUAAUCAUGCUUUUUAUUUUCUCAAAUGAUAAUUUCGUUUGAAAAGAGUAAAAAGUCUUCAUUGUAUUAAUGAGAUAUUCAGUAGAGAUAUUAUUAGUUUUUUUUUUUUG